GCUGGGUGUAGGGUGUUGGUUCCCUUGAUUGAACUUUGUUUGGCCAUUGACUGGAGAGGAAAGAAAAAAAAGGCUCCGUCUUAAUUACUUUGAGUGCCUUUCUUACCAUUUUAUGAAGACCGUGUACUUGGUUCUAGUACCUCGAUAUCCAAGGGACCCUACCUGGGCGUGCGUGCCUACAUACCUACCAACCUGCCUACACCACCCUCUAAUCCAUACCUACCUCACCUACCACCUACCGCCUAGGUACAACAACUACCUACGCAGAGACCCUCCAGGGCUCCUCCCAACCCUCAGACCCUCCAACUCGACCAUCCAUCCCCUUCCUCCUCCUCCCCGUCCGUCUUCUUCUUCUUCACUGCGACGACUACUCCGCACGAACUUCCCUUUACUUCACAUCCGCUGCGUUGCCCUCGUCAACAGCGCCACGCCCGCACCCGCGCCCUCGUCUACGCCUACGCCAACGACAGCGCCAACCCUCACCGGCGUUCAAGCCAUCGGCCUCAAAAGGUCCGCGGACAAGUCUCCCUGUCCGCCCUCUCCCAGCAGCGUCCCUCCGUCCCCCUCUCAAUAACUACACCAAUACGCCCACCGCCCACCGCCGCCGCCAAGUCGCCAGUCCCCCUUCCCGAAGCUGCCUGGUGCUUCCUCCCGCCAGCCACCACCUCCACGACUUGUUACUUGUCAACUACCUCGACCGACGACAUCCCCAAAAGCGACCGAUCGCCCCAACUGCACUAUCGAGCCGAUCUCGCCCGCAGUUCCGCCGCCGCCAGUUCAGAACCCACCUUAGAGGUCCAGACCCAGACCGACUGCCAAAGGGUGCCACAGUUCAACUGCCGCCCAGCCUCUCUCGUCUACGGUCCCCUCUCUGCCUCCCCUCCGUUUC